AUGGAUUUCUCACGAAAUCCAAGCCAACGGGUCCACAAAAGGAAGUCACAAGUGAAGACCCAGAGCAAUCCAGCCACUCCAGCUCCAACGGCCCAGAGAAAGCCAGGGGCCUCAUGGAAACAGACUCUUCCACCAGUGAAAGAGGAAGACCCUAGGGUGAAAUGCAGAGACUGUGGGGCCUUUGGCCACAUUGCAAGAAACAGAAGGUGUCCCAUUAAGCGGGGCCAUUUCCUCCUAGUUGCACAACCUCUGGGAGGCAAGAAGGAGAAAGAGAACACGGAUCCUUGCAGGCCUAAGGGUCUACAGAAACUCAGUCAAGCUGCCAGACAGAGGUGUGAUGAGCAGCAGAGAAAGGCUCCCUUCCAGAAAUUUCCAACAGAGCUGCAAUGGAGAAACCAGCAGGGCACCUUGGCUCAACCACAGAUGUCAAUCAUUCCUGGCUACAGGAAGAUGUCUGAGCCACCAGUUGAAAUGGCUCUUGGGAAGCCGACGGGCCCUGAGAAGCCUGCCCUUCAAAGCUUGGACGGCCCCUUCAUCUUACAUUCCAGACAGAAGGAAGGUCACAACAUGACUGUCCCUGGUGUUGCCAAGCCAGUGUUUAGACAGGAUGGCAGAAAAACAGUCUCAGAAAACCUACUGGAUCAAAAGGUACAGGAUAUCUCACAUCAACACCCUGUUGCCGUCCCCAAAAGGAAAUCAAUUACUGAACUGUUUCACAAAGAGUCAAAGACCCAGGGUCCCAGUAAGAAAAUGCAACCUAGCAAGCAUCCUGUCAUCCACCAGGAUAGACAGAACCCAAAACUCAGCUUCUGGGCCCCAGAUGAGGAAAUGUCCCAGUGCCCCACACAACCUAGACAGAAUCCCCUGAAGAAACAGAGAAUCGACUCUACCAAUGCACCAGAGGAGAGCCAUGCAAGGACUGCUUCCAAGAGCACCCUGGACAUUCAGUCUUAUCCCAUUGCCAACAGACUUGAACUAAAAGAUGCAGGUGAAAUGAGCAAGAAAAUAACAGUCCAGGUGCCCAGCACUGACCAACAACAGCUACAUGGCAGGGCUGCUCUGGUCUCAACCAGACCCUGUAUUGAGUCUGGCCAAGCCCUCAGAAUGAUCUUUACCAAACACAGCCAUAAUUUCUGGAGCUCCAGGUUCCUGACAGUGCCCGCACCACUUCCCAUUGAGAAGCAAACACCUGCUUUCCAGAGCCCUUCCUUCCCUGAGGAAGGGGAGGCAGCAGGAUCCCAGGUCAAACUGAGUGUCCUCUAUGAGGACCUUCAGGUCUCCUCCUCCUCAGAGGACAGUGAUGGAGAAUAA